CUUAGCAGACUACAGAGAGACAUGGGAAAGACCAGAAACACAUCCCUGGACACUGUGGUGACAGAUUUCAUUCUCCUGGGCUUAUCUCACCCCCCAAGUCUCAGGACCCUCCUCUUCCUGGUCUUCUUCACCAUCUACAUCCUGACUCAGCUGGGGAAUCUGCUCAUUUUGCUCACCGUGCGGGCUGACCCAAAGCUCCAUGCUCGCCCCAUGUACAUGCUUCUGGGCGUCCUCUCAUUCCUGGACAUGUGGCUCUCCUCCGUCAUCGUUCCCCGGUUAAUUUUGAAUUUUACACCUGCCAGCAAGGCAAUCCCAUUUGGUGGCUGUGUGGCUCAACUGUAUUUCUUUCAUUUCCUGGGCAGCACUCAGUGCUUCCUCUACACCUUGAUGGCCUAUGACAGGUACCUGGCCAUAUGCCAGCCCCUGCGCUACCCCAUGCUCAUGAAUGGGAGGUUAUGCACAUUCCUUGUGGCGGGAGCGUGGGUGGCCGGCUCCAUCCAUGGGUCUAUCGAGGCCACCCUGACCUUCCGACUGCCCUACUGUGGGCCCAACCAGGUGGAUUAUUUUUUCUGUGACAUCCCUGCAGUAUUGAGACUGGCCUGUGCAGACACCAGUGUCAAUGAGCUUGUGACCUUUGUGGACAUUGGGGUUGUGGCAGCCAGUUGCUUCCUGUUAAUUCUGCUCUCCUAUGCCAACAUAGUCCAUGCCAUCCUGCGGAUUCGCACUGCUGAUGGGCGGCGCCGGGCCUUCUCCACCUGUGGCUCCCACCUAACCGUGGUCACAGUCUACUAUGUCCCCUGUAUUUUCAUCUAUCUUCGGGCAGGCUCCAAGAGUCCCCUGGAUGGGGCAGUGGCUGUGUUUUACACCGUUGUCACUCCGUUACUGAACCCCCUCAUCUAUACACUGAGGAACCAGGAAGUGAAGUCUGCUCUUGGGAGAAUAGCAGCAGGUAGAGGGGGUGGGGGUGAAAAUAAUAAAUAGCUAUAGGCUCAGGGACUACCUGCAUUAUCAUUGCUACCACUCUUUCCAGCUCUUGCUGAAUGUGGUAAAUGUUUCAAAAAUAGAUUUGCUUUAAUCCGAAUAGAGUGUAAUUCUACUAGGAAGAAGCUUCUAGAGCUAUAUUUAACCUCAACAAAUCAUCCAUCACUCUUUUACACAUUUGUGGGUGAAAACACAUUCUACACAAAGGUUGAAUAUCAGGAGUAAAUGCUCUGUAUAGGAGGAGGGAUUACUCAAGGCAAAUUUGGGUAAACCCAGCAUAAGGCUGCCCUUUACCCUUCAUCAACUUGCUUUACUCCUAAUUUCCCAAGCCUCUAAGCAUUCAGGAUUGUUUUUGUUUGU